GAUGUCAGCGGCGGGCGGGCGCUCAGCCAUGGUGUGAGGGCAGGGACUGAGCCGGCCCGGCCCGGCCCGGCUCGGCGGCGGCAGCAGCACCAUGUCGGGCCCGAGCGCCGUGUCGGACCCGCAGCACCCGGCGCGGCUGCUGCGGGCGCUCAGCUCGUUCCGGGAGGAGACGCGCUUCUGCGACGCGCACCUGGUGCUGGAAGGCGAGGAGAUCCCGGUGCAGAAGAACAUCCUGGCGGCCGCCAGCCCCUACAUCAGAACGAAAUUGAAUUACAAUCCUCCAAAGGAUGAUGGCUCAACAUACAAGAUUGAGCUUGAAGGGAUAUCUGUUGAUAUCAUGAAAGAGAUACUAGACUACAUCUUCAGUGGGCAGAUCAGGCUAAAUGAAGAAACUAUCCAAGAUGUGGUACAGGCAGCUGAUCUCCUGCUGCUUACAGACUUAAAAACUCUCUGCUGUGAGUUUUUAGAAGGUUGCAUAGCUGCUGAGAACUGUAUUGGUAUUCGGGACUUUGCACUGCACUAUUGUUUGCAUCAUGUUCACUACCUUGCCUCAGAGUAUCUGGAAACUCACUUUCGAGAUGUCAGCAGCACAGAGGAAUUCUUGGAACUGACUCCUCAAAAACUGAAAGAAGUGCUGUCGAUGGAAAAGCUCAAUGUUGGAAACGAAAGAUACGUCUUUGAAGCGGUGAUUAGGUGGAUUUCUCAUGAUUCAGAAUCCAGAAAGGUCCACAUGAAGGAUGUCAUGUCAGCAGUGUGGGUGUCGGGUCUGGACGCAGCCUACCUGCGCGAGCAGAUGAUGAGCGAGCCGCUGGUGCGCGAGAUCGUCAAGGAGUGCAACAACAUCCCCCUGACGCCCCCGCAGCAGGGGGAGGCCAUGCUGGCCUCCUUCAAGCCCCGGGGCUACUCCGAGUGCAUCGUGACUGUUGGCGGGGAGGAGAGAGUAUCACGGAAACCAACCUCAGUGAUGCGGUGUAUGUGUCCUCUUUAUGAUCCCAAUAGACAGCUCUGGAUUGAACUUGCUCCUAUGAGUAUUCCAAGGAUCAAUCAUGGAGUAUUGUCAGCAGAAGGAUUUUUAUUUGUGCUUGGUGGUCAGGAUGAAAACAAGGGAACGCUAAGCUCUGGAGAGAAAUAUGAUCCAGACACCAAUUCAUGGAGUUCCUUACCACCAAUGCAUGAGGCACGACAUAAUUUUGGUGUGGUGGAGAUUGAUGGGAUUCUGUAUAUUCUGGGAGGUGAGGAUGGUGAAAGAGAGCUGAUCUCUAUGGAGAGCUAUGAUAUUUAUAGCCGGACCUGGACCAAGCAGCCAGACUUGACCAUGGUUAGAAAGAUUGGCUGCUAUGCAGCUAUGAAGAAGAAAAUCUAUGCAAUGGGUGGAGGCUCCUAUGGAAAACUCUUUGAAUCUGUGGAGUGUUACGACCCCAGGACUCAGCAGUGGACAGCAAUCUGUCCUCUCAAAGAGAGGAGAUUUGGGGCAGUGGCCUGUGGAGUUGCCUCUGAGCUUUAUGUAUUUGGUGGGGUCAGGAGUCGUGAUGACAGCCAAGCCAGUGAGAUGGUGACGUGCAAAUCAGAAUUUUACCAUGAUGAGUUUAAAAGGUGGAUUUAUCUAAAUGACCAGAACCUCUGUAUCCCAACUAGCUCUUCUUUCGUGUAUGGAGCUGUGCCCAUCGGAGCCAGCAUAUACGUGAUUGGAGAUCUUGAUACAGGUACAAACUAUGACUAUGUUCGGGAAUUCAAGAGAAGCACGGGCACCUGGCAGCGCACGAAGCCGCUGUUCCCGUCGGACCUGCGGCGGACGGGCUGCGCGGCGCUGCGCAUCGCCAACUGCAAACUCUUCCGCCUGCAGCUGCAGCAGGGGCUGUUCCGCAUCCGCGUACCUUCCCCGUGACCCCUGCGCCGCCAGGGGAGGAGACUGGAAGAGUUCUGCGCAGUGCACCAUAAUCUAGCUCUAUUUAAAGGAAAAGCUGAGAAAUUACAGCUGAAAACUUACACUGUA